AUGGCACAGAAUGGUCGCCAUUCUCGGCCGUUCUACUGUCGUGAAUGGGUGUUCGAAAAAAUUCAAGCUUGCCUUGAGCGAAGACAACGAAAAGAAGAUACAAAGACUAAAGGAGCGUUUGUUCUAGGUGGUCCUGGUUCGGGCAAAACCACCAUUUUACGUGAACUUGUGUCUCCCAGAACUAAAGAGGGCAUUCAGAUAAAGCUUGCGAGGAAGGUUGUUGUUUCUCAUUUUUGCCAAGCCCAAAACGCGCUCUCUGUUUCGGUUGCUGAUUUCAUUUCAAGUUUUGCCCAGCAACUUGCUAAAGCAGAACCACUCAAGUCUUACGCUGCUAAAUUUAAUGAACCGGAAAUUCAAAAUCAUCUCACAACUGAACAGUGCGUAAGAAACCCGGACCGAUCUUUUAAAGAAGGAGUUCUGCUUCCAUUGAAUUCACUGCCACCUCCUCCAGAAGUGUUUCUAGUUGUCGUGGAUGCCAUAGAUGAAUCUUUCCUGCAUUCUUUCGAUUCCGGCGUUUCAUCUGGAAGCAGAACUGUUGCUGAAUUAAUGGCUACCCAUCACGAUCUUUUCCCUUCUUGGCUUUUCCUUGUUGUCAGUGCGAGAAAACAGUCUAAAACAGUAACGAGGAUGUUUACAGGAUUUCGAAAAUUAACUUUAGAUGAUCUUCGAAAGGCACAUGUGGUCAAAGACAUUCAACAGUACAUUUUAAAUCGUUUGGAUGAUGAACCAAAUUUGAGAAAGCAUUUGACCAGGGAGACCGCUGAAGCUUUUAAUCAGCUUCACAUCAAAAGCAAUGGCUGCCUUCUUUACUUGGAAAAAUUGUUGGAUGGUGUUGUGGAUGAAUUUUUUACGCUGGACGAAACACAAGAGAUUCCAGGUACGUUAUCUGGUCUGUACAUGUGGCUUUGUAACAGGCUAUUCACAGAGGAACAAAUUGAGAAAAUUCGUUCAGUUCUGAAUGUGAUAUUGGCUGCGCAAAGGCCUCUUAAUGAUUCAGAAAUGUUUGAAGCAGUUUGGACAAAAGACACAGAACUAACCAUGGAAGAAUUUCUGGAAACUCUGGAUCUUAUGUCGCAUCACAUCCUAAGUGAACAGAAUGGUGCAAAGAGCAUCUCUCAUUUAUCCUUUGCUGAGUGGUUGCUUGACAUAAAGCACUGCACACCAAAGUUUCUAUGCAGUCCGGCAGAUGGACAUGCAAUGUUAGCAUUGUAUUAUACUCUGCUCUCUCAAAGACAACAACUUACAAAUCCUCAUGAACUUGCAUUUCAUUUGAGCCGGGCAUCCUUUAGGGAAUUUUUUUCACAAGAUCAUCUUGCUUUGUGGCUUUUAUGGAGCGGAACGCAAAUUGCUGACUUGCAGCUCAAUACAGAUGCUUUGAAUCAGGAAGUGGUUCAGCUUCUUGUAAAUGCUGGAGCCAAAGUGAAGGAGCUUGAAGAACAGGAAUCUGCCUUUGCACCCGAGACAGCAGAGUCUAUUAAAGCUCUGUUAGAAAAGGGGACAUCCGUUGAUCGUGUUGACAGUUCUGGGCGUACAUUGUUGUGCAAUGCCGCAUUUAAUGGAAAUGUUGAAGUCGUCAGGCUUCUUAUCAAGCAUGGCGCAAAUGUAAACUUCUCAGACACAUCUGGACAAUCACCACUUAUGCUAGCAUCCAGGCAAGGCCAUAAUGAAAUUGUGUACCUUCUAGUCAACUGUGGUGCCAAAGUCAAUCACUGCGCUGAUGAUGGAUGCACUGCAUUGAGAGCGGCUGCCUCUGGAGGGCACUCUGAUGUUGUUUCUGUUCUUCUGAACCAUUCAGCACAAGUAGAUCUUGCAGAUGAUGAUCAGCGCACUGCUCUCCGAGGAGCAGCAUGGGGUGGACAUGCUGAUGUUGUUUUACAGCUUCUUCAACAUGGAGCUGAUCCAAACCUUGCUGACAAGGAAGGUAGAACUGCUCUUAUUGCUGCAGCCUACAUGGGUCAUAGGAAAGUUGUAGAAAUACUUCUUGAUAACAAGGCUGAAAUAAAUCAUGCAGACAAUGAUGGGAGAACUGCUUUAGCGGUGACUGUUCUUUGCGUAUCGUCAAGUGAGAAUCAUGAAGCUGUAGUGGAUCUUCUUUUGAAACGUGGUGCAGAGGUAGACCAUCCUGAUUUUGAUGGUAUAUCGCCUCUUUGCGUCUCAGCACUGGAGGGUUACUGCAAUGUAGCAAAGUUGUUGAUAAGCGCAGGAGCAGACACCGGCCACUGGGACAGAAAUGGAAGGACACCUUUGUUUGCUGCCGCUGCUAAUGGUCACAAGGAUAUUGUUGAUUUGCUCUUGACAAAGGCAGAAGGUUUGUAUUACACUAGGGUGAUUAAUGAAACUAGAUGCAUAUUGCUAGUAAAAAAAUGUAGUCAACAGCUCUCAUUUUUUAGUGCUAACUCUUUUGGAACUUUUACUGUAUCUCUAGUUGAACAAAAAACUUAAACCAUGUAAUAAAAGUAAUGCUUUCUGUUUCAUUGAACAAUCUCUUAGAGCACUCUUUUGUUGAGGAACAAAACUGUUCUGUGAACAUGACAUGGUUUAAGUUUUGAUUACAGAAUUUCAAAUCAUAGAGAUAGAAUAGAACUGACAUAGUUACAUUAAAAAUCAGUAAAAUUUACACAUUUAAUGUGUGUCUGUAUUGAUAGAAGACAUAGAGAGAGACCUUGAUGAUACUACUGAAAUUCCUCUCUGCCUUUUAACACUUAUGGAAUGUUGUUUUUUGAACUGUUUUUUUUUUUCAUCUCUUUUUUCAGAGGGGAAGCCUGAUCCUUCUGGCUGGACAUCACCAAGGUUUUCCAUGUUUCGUCCUGAUCACAAUGGGUGGAAUCCGUUGAUGGUGGCUGCACAUCAAGGUACUAAAGAUCCUUGGCCAGAUUUCUUAAGUGCUUUGAAAAUACAGUGGAGGCGUGUGUGGCCGAACGGUUAACACCUUGAACUCCGGAACUGAAGGUCCGGGUUCAAGCCUCACCUGUUGCGUUGUUUCCUUAGGGGGUGUUUACACGACACCGGGGCGACUUUUGCCCCAGAGCGAGUUCACUCUGGUUCACUUUCAUGGCUCUAUAUUAUUUUGUUUACAUGAUACCACCACAAAAUGUCAUGCCACCGUGAGUCACCCCAUUGUGAGUUCACCUCGGUUCUCGUACCGGGGCCAGAAUUUGACUCCGGUAUGAAGUCUGGCAGUGGUAUCAUGUAAACGCGAAAUGACUAUCCAUUUUGGUGUGAAAUUGGACUGCCGGUAGACGGGAACGGGUGGCGCAUGCGUAAUGUUUGUGAUUUUGAAUCACAUGUGUAUUUUAUCAACAUGAAGUGUACCUUCAAGUAAUGAGAUAUGAAAUGACCCAGUCAUCAUGUAAACACGAUACAAAAUCAAAAAGUCAUCCCGGUAUGAGAUUCGUGCUGGUGUGAGUUUUCUUGUGUAAACACCCCCUUAGACAUGGAACUUUACUCCACUUUGUCUUUCUUCACCCAGUUGUACAAGUGGGUACCAGUGAAAUACUGCUGGGGGGUAACCCUGUGAUGGACUAGCAUCCCGUAUGGUGAGGGGUAGCAAUGCUUCAAGGCAUUCUUCAUGACAAGGAAAUCUGGAUAAGCUCCAGCUGUUUGGUUCUUUGGCUUUUGUGCACCUUUACCUUCACCCUUACCUUGGGAAAUAUAGGCCUGUAUUUUAUAUAUGUUGAAUCAAACUUUCAAAAGUUGUUUUGAGUGUAAGCCCUUAAUCAUCCCAUGUUAUCAAGGGGUUGCGGUUUGGGUGUAGUAUAGUUGGUAAAUUUAUUGGUGCAGAUUUGCUACUGGAAGAGACAUGAUAACAAAAAUAGUGGGAGUAAAAUUACUGCAUGUAAUUUUUAUUAUUAUUGGAUUGUAUUAUUUUGUUGAUUGUGUGGGGAUUUAAAGGAGUGGUAAUUUACAAGUGUGUGGGUGCUUGACUAUAACCCACCUUGACUAGGGGUGAGCUGUGGAGGACUCUUCAAGAUCUCACCCAUCUGAGCAGCCUGGGAGAUAAAAUUCUUAAGCCAGGCCCUCAAAAUUUGAACUGAAGCUUGCAUUACCAGACAAACAGCUCAUGGACUUGUUAGUUUGCUGGUAGAGGGAAGAUAUGCAAAUGACACAUUAAUAGGGAGCAUAAGCAAUGAUGACUGCGACGGCAACAAGAGCGGCAAAAAAGCAAUAGGUUUAGAUUUUAGGCAAAACAACAACUUUACACUUUCAUCAUGCUAUUUUGUACAUUUCUUUGCCAUCACUGCACGACUACAACAUGAAACUUUCUUAAUUUCACAUUUUAUGGAGGAUGAGAAUGCAAGACAAGGAGUUUCUUUUUUUUUUUGUGAACUUAAAUACAUUCCUUUAGAAUUCGACUUCCUAAAAAAAUUACCAACAUUUGACAAAUUAAAAGAGUUGGAAUAGGAGCAAUGAAGUUGGAAACAGCGUGAAUUCACUUCUGUUACCUUGCUCAUUGCUUAAGCUCUCCAAUGUCAGAAGGGCAAGGUGGUUGGAGCCUCUGGUCCCAUCUUUGCACAAUAAUUUUGAAAAUAACCUGUGAUCAGGUGCUCCCUCUUCCUUCUUUUUCCUGAAAAGGCCUGAUUGCAGGUUAUUUUGACAACUUCCCUCAGGGAGAUGAGCUAAAAUUAAUUUAUGUAAUGACAGGGCACAGGAAUACAGUUUUGUCACUCAUAGAAGCAAAUGUUGAUAUCAAUGCACUGGACCCUGAUGGUAGAUCAGCCCUCAUGCUGGCUGCUCAAGAAGGCCAUGAUGAUGUUGUGUCGGUACUGAUAGAACAUGGAGCUCCCAUUGAACAAGCGUCUUCUGAUGGCCGCACAGCUCUGCACUAUGCUGCUAUGGAGGGGCAUGAGGCCUGUGUCCAACACCUUGUCAGUCUUGGUGGUGAUGUAAAUCAUCAAGACAGCCUUGGACGUACUCCUCUGUUUGCUGUCUCCGUUGAAGAAAACAAGUCAAUGAUUGAACUUCUGUUAGAUCUAGGAAGUUUCGUCGACACCAAGGACACUGAAGGAAGAAGUCCCCUGCAUGCUGUUGCUUGGAAAGGUUCUUAUGAACUAGUCGAGUUGUUGCUUGACAAAGGAGCGUCAGUGAAUCACGCGGAUUGCGAAGGUCGCACAGCACUGAUGUCAGCAGCCUGGAAAGGUCAUGUGUCUACAGUACAGCUAUUAAUUCAACGUGGUGGCAAGGUGGAUAAGAUGUCUAAUGAGGGUGCCACAGCUCUUUGUAUUGCUUCACAAGAAGGGCAUGAUGAAGUGGUGCAGAUUUUAUUAGAACAUGAAGCCAACAUGAAUCACGCAGACAAGCUUGGAAGAACUCCAAUGCAAGUCGCUUAUGAAGCAGGUAAAUAGACUUCUUUCAGUGUACUUUCUUAACAUUGUUUCAUGAGCAAACCUUUGUUUACAAUUUUUCCCACAUUUGCAGAUGCUUCUCAUUUUGUAACGAAUUUACAACAAUUUCAGUUCUCAAUAUUCUGUGAACAAAGCACAUUUAGGUCUUUCCGAAUUGUUGUCUAUAGUGAAAAAAAAACUUGUCAAUUUUAUGAAGAAUAUAUGGGCUCAUUAACAAACUUACCACCCAGAACUUUUGUUUAUUCCAACCCUGAUAUUUGACAUUUGACAUUUGAAGGGCUGUUUAUAUGAUGUCGGACUUUCAUUCUGGAAUGAGUUUUGUUUUGUUAGCUGUCAACAACCAUCACUGUAUGCAGACCGGAACAUAAAUAAUGAUCCAGAUACAGUUCGUUGAAUUUCAAAAACAUAUAUCAUGUACUUAGUUACCAUUUGCCAACUUCACUAAGCUAAUGCUUUUCUUUGUAAAUAUUUCAGGUUUUUAAGCUUAAAGUGCUCUAAAACACAAUUGCAUGCCACAUCAAACAACACCUUUGCAUCCACCAUUUGAAAUGUGCUCCAGGAAAAUAGAUAUAUGCUGCCUGCUCAAUUUGAGCAGGCAACGAUGUGAAUGGUGGUAUUUGACAAUAGCAAACUUAUGUGUCCAGCUGUGUGGUUGGGGGGGAGUGUGAGCUCAUUUCCUGAGCAGCAGCUGAUAAUUGCGCCUAACACCUGAAUUAACUAGUUUUCUUUCUCUAAUUGACCAGGUCAUACAAGGGUAACUAAAGUGUUGGAGGCAUUCAGUGUAAUGAGACUUAAUGAUGGAAACUUCACCAGUACACUAAAGAGAAAGUUGUCAUCAGCUCAAUCAGAGAGUGGUAGUACGGUCUCAAACAGCAGUCUCACAGAGAAACCUCAAAGAUCUGAUAGUGUCUCUUCAUCAAACAGCUCUGAUUCCCUGGCUGCAUCAAGAAAGGAACUGGAAGUUCCAGGAUCGCCACAGUUUGGGCCGCACGGAGAGUUGUUAGAAGAAAGACGUUACUCAGCCAGUUUCCGUGACUUGCACUCUGUUCAAGCAAUGAAAGAGCCUUGGGGUGGAGCUUGCCCCCCUUAUACGUCAGAAACGAAUGUCCUUGAACCACCGCCAUAUACAGAGAAGCCAGUGAGAAGUUCCCUUGUGGAGGAUGAUGUAGUUGCAACUAAGCCCUUGCCACAGAGCAAGCAGAAACAGUUUUCCCUACUGCACAAAAUGAGGCAGAAGGGUAAAAGUGCUUUUACAUCAAGCAGCUCUCAGGGUCAGGAGAAACGUGGAAAAACUGUUGCGAAAGUUAAAAGUCCUACUGAAAAACGAGGAUUUAUUUCUGGUAUCAAGAAGCUGGGAGUAAGUUCAUCUCAUAGCGCUAGCUCAUCAAAAUCUCGUGAUGGAAAAACUGGUAACUUAAAAGACCCAAAGGAGUCAUUUGAAACAAAAAUAUGA